AUGGCUUCAAAACCUCGAGCUAGACCGGCUCACGCCCCUGGACCAACUUAUCUGGCAUACACACCAAAUGGCAACAAUUUGGUUACGGUCGGACUGAACAAUGUCAUUCGCGUUUUCACUACUGGAUCUGAUGCUGAGCCCGUGAACAUUGAUGUGGUUCAGGAUUCCCACACUGCUGUUGCGGCUACCAAUGACUUCUUCUUGACUGGUUCAGAGGAUGGUAGUGUGUGCAAAUACUCCUUGUUCAGUCAUUCCUUGGAGGAAGUCCUCAUCCGGAGCACGCUGCCCAUCAGGGACAUCUCUAUCUCGCCUGACGGUCUAUGGGCUGCAGUGGCAUCAGAUGAAUUGGUGGUGAAGAUUGUAAACACAUACGACAUGACGCGUGUUAUGUAUCUCCGAGAUCAAACAAGGCCUGUCAAGCACGUCUCGUUCGAUCACAGUGGCUCUACGCUGGCUGUUUCCUGCUCCGAUGGAAUUGUAUACGUUUAUUCUCUGAGCUCGGAAGAACCAAAACUUGUCAAGCGACUCGACGGCCUGAUCAAGAUUAUGGAGACAGAUUCUCAAGCAAGCUCAAAGGUUACCUGGCACCCUGACGGAAAAGCGCUUUGCGCUCCCACCCCAACUAAAGCUGUACAAGUCGUCUCAAGGAGUGAUUGGUCAAACCAACGAACUUUCAAACCAGCUGGGCGCGGCGACAUCACUGCUGUCUCCUGGUCACCCAAUGGAGCACUACUUGCGACGGCUAGUGAGGACCUCAAUAUCACACUGUGGGACGUGAAGACACAGCAGCCUGUAAUCGCAUUUGACAGCGAUCGUGAACCCGUCCUGGCUCUUGCCUGGCAUCCUACCGAGAACAUUCUUUCUUACACCACCAACGAUGGAGAGCUAUACAUGCAUUCUGGAGUCGUUCCGCAAGAAUACGCAUCACUACUCCAGAAGACACUAGUCCCCGCGCCUUUCUUGAACGAAGAUGUCCCUGAAGGUGCUCCGAGGACUCUUGUGAAUGGUGGCGCUAGACCCGGUGCUCAGCGCAGAGCAGGAACGCCCGAUUCGCUAGACGAUAUUCUUGGUGACGAUGGGCUUUCUGAAAAUGGAGAUCCUUUCAUUGUCGACGAUGAUGGUGCAGGCUAUGUUGAGCAACUCAACGGUAACGGAAAGCGACCAGGAGCACAAGUCGCAUAUCCGCCAUCGAAGAGACCACAGCAGUAUGGCAGCGCCAGAUGGCAACCACGCCUGCACGAUCCCUUCCAACCUGGUAGCACCCCUUGGAGAGGCAAUCGCCGCUACAUGUGCCUGAACUUGACUGGCUUCAUCUGGACCGUCGACCAGGAUACCCAUCACACAGUGACCGUCGAAUUCUACGACCGUGCCGCACACCGCGACUUUCACUUUACAGAUCCCUUCCUCUACGAUAAGGCAUGUCUUGGUGAGCAUGGUGCAGCCUUCUCGUGUCCAUCAUCAGAUCAACAUCCCAGUCUAGUAUAUUUCCGUCCCCACGAAACAUGGACAUCGAGAACAGACUGGCGGACACAGCUACCCGCAGGAGAAGAGGUCACAUCUCUGAGUUUGAGCACAAGUUUCGUUGUCGUCACGACCUCAAAGGGCUAUGUCAGAGUCUACACACUUUACGGCUUGCCAUUCAGAGUGUACAGACAGAAGAGUACUCCAGCUGUCGCCUGUGCAUCUUGGCGCGACUACGUACUCACGAUCGGCAACGGUUCGAUAGGCGGUGAUGGCACAGCUAAGCUCGUAUACACGAUUGAGAAUGUGAAGCGUGAUGAAGUCUGCCAGUCAGAAGAUAUCAUUCCUCUCCCAGAGCGAUCGGAACUACAAUCUGUCUUCUGGUCAGACAGAGGGGAUCCUUGUAUCUACGACUCGGAAGGCGUCCUGCUGGUAUGUCUACACUGGCGUACGCCUGGACAAGCCAAAUGGGUGCCUCUACUCGACACCAGCCAGCUUGACCGUCUGGCCUCGGGAAGAAAGGAGGAAGCAUACUGGCCAGUUGCGGUAGCAAUGGACAAGUUCCACUGCAUCAUCCUCAAGGGAGGAGAGAAGUAUCCCUACUUCCCUCGCCCGCUACUCUCCGACUUUGACUUCAAGGUUCCCGUCACAGCUCGUGAUGGAGAAAACCAAGACGAGAAUGAGGAGAGUGAUACACAAAAGUUGGAAGAGCAGUACGUGCGCAACUCGGUAUUGCUGAGCCUUCAAGAUGACUUGGUCAAUAAUACGAAUGCUACACAUGCACAAAAGACGGAAGCUGCACAACGUGAGCUUGAUGUCGAUAAGGUGCUGCUGCAACUGCUGGCGGCAGAGUGCAGAGAAGGCGAAGAGAGAGGUAUGAGGGCUCUAGAGAUGGUCAGCUUGAUGAGAGACCGAUCGGGCAAGAUGCUCGAGGCUGCUGUGAAGAUCGCAGCAAGAUUCGAGCGCGAUGUUUUGGGUGAAAAGAUAUCGGCACUGGCGGAAAGAAGAUUGGUUGGAUUGGCAGACGAGGAAGAGGAACUCUGA